AUGUUCAUUUUCACCACCAAGAGAGAUGGUAGACGAAAAUGCAGAUGUAUUGCACGAGGAGAUAGACGGACACCGGAAACGCACGAUCCGGACGCUGAAACUUACACCGUCGCUCACGAGGCUCUCAUGGCCUGCAGAGCAAUGGCGUUAGACAACGGAUGGGCCACUAAACAGCUGGAUAUCACAUCCGCUUACCUAUAUGCUCCUCUAAAAGAAGGGCGGUACAUCCGAACACCACCACACUACGGACUAAGAGAUAAAGUGUUCAAGUUACACAAAUCAUUGUACGGACUUAAGCAGUCAGGAUCCAACUGGUAUGAAAUCAUCCGCAAUUUUUUCGUCACGGCAUGUAAACUAUCCGAGGUAAAAACGUGGCCUUGUAUGUUAGUCAAACAUGUAAAGGACCAAAUUUUAGUGGUAAAUCUAUUUGUCAAUGACAUGGUCGUCAUGACGAGCAACGAAACCUUGUAUGACGAAAAUAAUGUUUCUCUACAAGAAAAGUUUGAGACCAAAGUAGUUUUUUCAGGUCUACCUGUCUCUGGUUCUUAAGCCAGAUACGACAUUCUAGGUCUCGAAGUCGAGCACAACUCAUAUGACAGCAUGAUGAUCGGGAUGGGAAAGAAUUUAUGUCGACAAUUUCGUCUUGAACUGAGACUUUAAAACAAGCGAGCUCCAAAGGUCCCAGCACCACCAGAUUACGUCAUUGAAGCAUCUAAGAAAGAUCUCAAAUUAACAAAAGAAGAAUUUAACCGCAAUGUACAUCACUUGCAAAGAAUAGUGGGAUUAAUUUCUUUCGUUUCUCACAAAUGCAGAUUAGAAAUCUCACAUUACGCGAACAUUCUCGCGCAGCAUACCUUGUAUCCAUGUAAUGUGGUAUUUGAAGUAGCACUUUACUGCACUCAAUAUAUCUGGAACACUAAACACAAGAAGCUUACAUGGACACGAGCUAAAAUACCCAAUCCUAUUGGUAUGCAUGCUAUCACGGAUGCAUCCCCAUUAGCCCAAGAGAAGUUCACCUCUCAAAUGGGACACUUCGAUCAGCUCAACGGGCAUAUUCUUUUUGCUCGAUCUUCGCGAUCCAAGAAAAGCUGUGUCUCGUCAACCGAAGCCGGACUAAAUGCGGUUUUCACAGCAGUACUCAGGCUAGAGAGUUUGCGACAACUCAUCCGACAAUUACCAAAAGCGCGUCGAUUGCAACAGAUGUUUCAUGCAUCUAACUUUCAAGUCGAAUAUGUUAAGACAGGAAAAUAUAAUGCCGACAUUUUGGCAAAACCACUUAAGGUGAAACUAUUUUCCAAACACCUUGAGGGCUGGAUA